GGCGACUGACGAGCCGUGCGCGCACAGGCUGCAUCUCCAGACAUUUGGUCCAAAGGUUAGGUCUGAAAAACCGCGAAGCUGCUGUCUACGUGGACCGGUGCUGAAGCCUCCCGUCCGACUGCCAGGACCUCUGCCAAAUCCAGAGAGAUGGCGACGAACGGCACCAAAACGGAUGGACAAGUCACAGAACUAAACGAGGUGGCCACUAAUAAUGACAAACCCAAGUCACUGGACGUGAAACCCGAAAAGCAGAAAAAGGAGUUGCCUGAUAGAGAAACAUGGGCGGGAAAAUUUGAUUUCCUCCUGUCGUGUGUGGGUUAUGCAAUUGGACUGGGAAACGUAUGGAGAUUUCCCUAUCUCUGUGGAAAAAACGGUGGAGGAGCCUUCUUGAUUCCCUAUUUUUUGACUCUCAUAUUUGCUGGGGUCCCCUUGUUUCUACUGGAAUGCUCCCUUGGUCAAUACACCUCAAUUGGAGGGCUUGGUGUGUGGAAACUGGCUCCUAUGUUUAAAGGUGUGGGCCUUGCAGCAGCUGUCCUGUCCUUCUGGCUUAACAUUUACUACAUUGUAAUCAUUGCCUGGGCUAUUUACUACCUGUACAACUCCUUCUCCUCUGAUCUUCCAUGGAGCUCAUGUAACAAUCCAUGGAACACAGAGAAAUGUUAUACAAACUACUCCAUUACAGAUACCACCAAUCUCACCAGUGCAGUAGUGGAGUUUUGGGAGCGCAACGUGCAUGAAAUGACCGAUGGCUUGGAAAAACCAGGCCAGAUUCGAGUGCCACUGGCAAUAACGCUGGCCAUCGCUUGGGUCCUUGUGUACUUCUGUAUCUGGAAAGGGGUUGGCUGGACAGGGAAGGUUGUUUACUUCUCGGCUACAUAUCCCUACUUCAUGCUGUUUAUUCUCUUCAUCCGUGGGGUGACUCUACCUGGAGCUAAAGAGGGAAUUCUCUUCUAUAUCACCCCUGACUUUGAAAAACUCAAAGAAUCUGGGGUAUGGCUAGAUGCAGCAACCCAGAUCUUUUUUUCCUACGGAUUGGGAUUGGGGUCACUUAUAGCUCUGGGCAGCUAUAACCCUUUCAAUAACAAUGUUUACAGAGACUCUAUUAUUGUGUGCUGCAUCAACUCAUGUACCAGCAUGUUUGCUGGCUUUGUAAUCUUCUCUAUUGUUGGCUUCAUGGCACAUGUGACAAAGAAAGACAUUGCCGACGUAGCAGCUUCAGGUCCUGGCUUAGCUUUUCUGGCCUACCCAGAGGCUGUAACCCAGUUGCCUGUGUCUCCUCUCUGGGCCAUUCUGUUCUUCUCUAUGCUGCUCAUGCUGGGAAUAGACAGCCAGUUCUGCACUGUUGAAGGCUUCAUCACUGCUCUGGUGGAUGAAUUUCCCAGAGCUCUUAGGGGUAGACGAGAGCUCUUCAUCGCAGUUGUCUGUCUGGUGUCCUAUGUGAUCGGACUUUCAAACAUCACACAGGGUGGAAUAUAUGUGUUCAAACUGUUUGACUACUACUCUGCCAGUGGAAUGUGUCUGCUGUUCUUGGUCUUCUUUGAAUGCAUCUCCAUAUCCUGGUGCUACGGUGUGAACAAGUUCUACGACAACAUCCAGGAGAUGAUUGGCUACAAGCCUUGUAUAUGGUGGAAGCUGUGCUGGGUCGUGUUCACCCCUCUCAUCGUCGGUGGGGUGUUCUUGUUCAGUGCCAUACAAAUGGUUCCUCUCACAAUGGGAGACUACGUGUUCCCUGGCUGGGGUCAGGGAGUAGGCUGGCUCAUGGCGCUGUCCUCCAUGGUUCUCAUACCAGGAUACAUGGUCUAUAUGUAUCUCGGACUCAAGGGAACUUACAAAGAGCGACUUCGGAUAAUGCUUCAGCCUCCUGCAGUUGUCAGGCGACCUCAGGAGAAUGGACCUGAGCAGCAGGCGGAGACCAACGCCGCUAAUCUCUCCAGCCCUGCCAAUCCAGCCAAUCCCGCCAGCCCUGCCAACCCAGCUCCCGCAAACCCCGCCAGCCCAACCAGUCCAGCUCCUGUCAACUCAACCAGCCCUGUGAGCCCCACUAACCCGGCUCCUCCACCAGCUAAUCCAGGCACUGCUGCUAGCCCGGUGAACCCAGCCACUAGUCCCACCAUCUCUACCACCAUCACCACCACCAUCACCACCACCACCACCGCAGCAAGUCCGGCUAAUCCCACCACCACAACAGUUAGCCCAACCAGCCCACCGCCCAACCCAGCUAGCCCAACGGAGCCUGUUAACCCCCCAAACCCAACAAGUCCAAUCUCUAACCUGACCAAUGCGGAGGCCAACGUGUAGACAACAAAGAAACCCUCAUGGAGCAUGUAGACAAAAGAGAACAUUACAAAGGACUUCCAAGAUUUUAAUUGAUUCACCUACCUCCAGGGGCAAUAUGUGAUCAAAACAGAUUUUCGAACCAUUGUUUAAUUUUUCUGCAUUUGUAAAACCAAGCCAAUGAUGUCUUAUUGUUGGUUUGCAUUCUGAAAACAAUAUCAAAGACUGUUAGUGUUCACAAAUACAACCAUAAAUCUGAAUAAAAAAUGUAAACAUACUGUGUAAUACUGUGAGAAAAGAAAAAAACAUAGAGAUAUAGAUUAGAGAUUUGUUGAAUAUCUUCAUGAAUCAAGUAAAUACCGUGUGAAUAUAGUAGAUGAAGUAGUGAACAAAAUUGACAUCAUUGAAGAGUGCGAGGGAUGGCGUCAAUUUUAUUGUGGAUGUUUACUAAACCUCACGCAGUUGUCUCUUUUCCAAACGUUGCACUCUGUGAGGUAAACUACAAGCCACAAGGCGAACAGAGGGAGCUCUGAGUAAGCACAAUGCCAAUAAGAAGUUCAUGUUUAGGAGUAAUCUGGAGAAAUCCAGUAUUUGUUGCAAAAGAUUUUGUGUGUGAGAGAGACUGUUAUUUUUCCUUCCUUUUUUUUCA